AUGGGGAUUGUCGGAAGUCGGCUGGAGGAUUCGGGGGGCCUGUACUUCAAGGAUCAGAAUAAAUUAACGAUCGCAUCCGUAACGAUAUCAAAUUCUCGCCGAGUGCUUUUGAACCUUGUUCCAAACUCGUUCCCUGCCACCCGAUAUAAUGCGAAGAGAGAACUUGGCGACGACAGCUUGGUUGAAUAUAUACAGGAUCCCGACUCCCACCCCUCUGCUCCCACCCCUUCCUUUCUCUUGCGCUUAAACAACGAUGACGAGCUCAAUUUUAAAUUCACAUUCGUCCUUAGACAAAUGCAAACGGGGAAUGUCACAAAUUCUACUGUUAACGGAGUUUCGACUUCUUUGCCCGAGUUAACCGACACUGUACUGACAGGACUCACAUUUGCGCAUGCGCCCAACUCGAAGGAACUCGACAAUCUGGUCACAAGAGAAUUCCACGCAAACCCGAACCUGCAGAAUAACUCGAACGUCCAGUUAGUGGGCGAUUUUUCGACCGAAAGCAGCCCUUCCGUUCAGUUUGACUGGUCUUGGAAAUGGAAGCCUCCAAAAACCACAGAAGACAAGGGCGGUGGUUGGAGGAAUAGCUGUAGCUUCUUGGAUUAUGACCAAAGAGCUAAUCGCCUCAACACACUCGCUUAUUUUUCCUUCUGGGUACAAAACACCGUUCGACCGCCUCCCAGCCCGCAGAUUACUUCCCCAAACCUGGAAGUCCAUAUCCCGGCUCGCAACCGUGUCCCUUCUUCGCAUUCAGUUUUGUCACAUUCUAGUGACGCGGACGCUUCGUCGAACACUCAGGUCCAGGUUGUGCCGGGCACACCCCCGGAAGUCAGUGAAGGGCCUACAGCUACUGUGGCCCCCGCGCCGGUCAAGGUUGAUCUCCCUCAUUCGCGUCCCGGCGAGGACAUGAGUGUGGUCGAAGAUGGGCCCUUAUUCCGUGCUACAAUGAAAGCAUUAGAACAGAAGACAGGGAACAUGCGCGCGAAGAUCAAGAAAGUACUGAAGAAGGCCGAAGCCGCCCAUCAAGCCCAGUCGGCCUGUAAUGAGGCUGUGGAAGCGUUUUUAUACGCGCUCGGCGAUGCAUCCACGUCAAAUGCGAACGCAAUCCAACCGGCUUUGGACCACUACUUUGAGAAGAUUUCGCGGCAAAUACUGAAUUACGAACGACUUAAUGCCUUGCAACUUCAAAAACUGGUGAUUGAGCCACUUUUGAAACUUUAUACUAAUGAUAUCAAGCAAGCCGAGGCGAAGAAGAAAGAGUUUGAGGAAGAGAGUAGGGAUUAUUAUGCAUACGUUGGUCGCUAUCUCGGGCAACGACAGGACUCUCUUAAGGAGAAGAAGCGGGCAGAAAGUGACUCCAAAUACCAGGCGAAGCGACGAAACUUCGAAUUGAGACGGUUCGACUACUCUUCGUUCAUGCAAGAUUUACAUGGUGGCCGUAAGGAACAGGAAGUUCUUUCCCAUCUCACUAAAUAUGCGGAUACACAAGCGAAAACUUUCCUUGCCGCUGCCAAGAAUGUGGACGACAUGGUUCCGCAGCUUGACGCUCUUAUCCACGAGGUGAACCAAGCGGACAAGGAAUUCCAAUUUCAAAGAACGGAGAGGGAAGAGAAACGGCGUGCUUUGGAGAAGAACAGCAACACGUACCUCGAACCCGAUGCGCCCACCAGCUCGAGCGCGGCAUCAACGUUAGUUGGUAGCAGUAAUGGAAAUCAAAAGCCAGAGGGAGAUCUGGGCCGCGCCGAUAGCACCGGGUCUCAGCUACGGAGUGUCACAAGCAACAACUCGUCUACAUCAACUCAAGCGACUGCUCCCGCCAGUACUCCUGCGGGGGCACCUGCUGCAACUCCAGUCACGAAUUCAAGCAGCCAGCAAAGGAAAGAGGGACUUCUCUGGGCUUUAUCUCGACCAGGAUCUCAUAUUGACCCCAAGGGCAUUAACAAGCAGGCUUGGCACAAGUUUUGGAUUGUCCUAGAUCAAGGAAAGUUGUCAGAAUAUAGCAACUGGAAGCAAAAGCUUGACUUACACAUGGAACCCAUCGAUUUGCGGAUGGCUUCUGUAAGAGAAGCCCGGAACGCAGAACGGCGAUUCUGCUUUGAAGUCAUCACUCCUCAAUUCAAACGCAUCUACCAAGCGACUUCAGAGGACGAUAUGGGAAACUGGAUCAGGGCGAUCAACAACGCUUUACAGAGCGCCGUUGAAGGGCGUAGCAUGUACCCACCUCCGGUGUCCGAGGCCGAUAAGUCAACUAUUGGCCGUGACAUUGGCUCCGUUUUAACAGGAAAAAGCUCUUCGGUUUCCCAUCACUCCCAUCACUCAUCCGCAUCCAGCAACGUGGCGCGUCGCACCACCGUCGGUGCACGACCAAGUUAUGUUCGUGGUGAUUCGCAGGGAUACGAAGAUAAUCCCUCGAAGCUACUACAAGCGGUUCGCGAUGCCGACCAAGGCAACCACUGGUGCGCCGACUGCAACUCCACGUCCAAGGUUGAGUGGGUUUCCAUAAACUUGGGGAUUGUCUUGUGUAUUGAGUGCAGUGGCAUUCACCGAUCUCUCGGAACACAUGUUUCCAAAAUUCGAUCACUCACACUUGAUGUCCAUUCUUUCUCGAACGACAUUGUUGAAAUCCUCCUGCAGGUUGGAAACCGUGUCAGCAACAUGGUUUGGGAGGCAACUCUGGACCAGUCUCAAAAGCCAGCAGCCACCUCCACGCGCGAACAGCGACUGAGGUUCAUCACGGCCAAAUAUGCAGAGAGGGCAUUCGUGCAAUCCUUACCGUCUCCAUUAUCACGAUUUCCAACACCGGACGAGACUCUUCUCGCCUCAAUCAAGAGAAACGAUAUCCAGGGUGUUCUCUACGGCGUCGCCCUCCGCGCGAACGUGAAUGUCGCUGAUCGCUCGCGUAGCACUCACGCUAUCUUCCUCGCCUUAGCCGCAGCAGACCCAGCAUCCCCGGGGUCAACAACGCCAAGUCUAUCCUCUCGGUCCAGCCCAUCCGUGAAAGCCAUUCCUUUCCCAGUCGCUGAGCUCCUCGUCCAGAAUGGAGCCGAGAUUCCGUCACAACCCCCGCCAAUCCCUCUUUCCGCAGCGGCUCAAUUAUACCUCAACCAGCGAACAGCGCGACUUACGGGGUUCAGUCAUCCUACGCCUUCUGCAGCACCAGCAGAUACUCUGGGGUCACUGCCUACCAUCCGGGGGGCUGGAGGUUCUGGAGCGGGCGGCGAGCAAGCCCCCAGUACAUUGGAUAACAAGGAACGUGAGAAGCUGCAUAAGAGAGGAAGCGCUGGUGCGAGAUUUGCUGGUAAGGUUGCUUCGCUAGGGAUCGAUCGAUAA